CAUUCCAAGUUUUGUAACGUACUACGAGUACUCGGCAGGACAGUGGCAAAGUUAUUGCAACGAGAGCAAAACAUGGCGUUGUUAUGUUGGAGUAGUCGAUUCGUAUGGCGAUGGCAUGCUCAAGUUCUUAUGGCAACGUCUCUAGCAGCGAUCCUGGUGCUAUCCUUGGUGUCAUCGAGCAACGCGGACAAUGUGGGAACAUUUGAUCUGGUUGGCUUGAUCGCAGACCUUCCCACGAAACAAUUUUACAUCAAUGGUACCUGGGUGGAACCAGCUCCGCCAUCCUCCGAAACUUUCAAGCGCUUCAUCAAUGUUGUGGAUCCAUCCACAGCAGAAACUGCAGCAAAAGUAGCCAUUGCAGGUCCCGAAGACGUCGACGCCGCCGUCAAAGCAGCUAAAGAGGCCUGGCUCGAGUGGUCGUACCACACGCCACUGAACGAACGAAAGAGAUACGUGCAAAAGCUCGCCCGAAUCUACGCUUCCAAAAUCGAGGAAAUGGCACAGCUGAUCAGCACGGAAAUGGGAAGUCCUAUCGAAGCCGCUCGCGAGAGCCAUGCCUGGGGCGGACUGAGCAACAUAGAAAGCUCGUUGGAGCUUAUAGACGAAUUCGAAUUCGAAAAACCCCUUGGGGACGAUGAGUUAACUACAAUUCUCUACGAGUCCAUCGGCGUGGUGGGAAUGAUCACGCCCUGGAACUGGCCGUUGAAUCAAAUUACUCUCAAGGUGGUACCCGCUUUGCUAGUGGGAUGCACUUGCGUUCUCAAACCCUCCGAAGAAUCUCCGCUUUCGGCCCUUUUGUUUGCGGAGAUGGUUCACCAAGCGGGAUUUCCGCCCGGUGUUUUCAACCUGGUCAACGGGGAUGGCCCCUUUACGGGAGAUUCCCUGACGAAGCAUCCCGAUCUCGAUAUGAUCUCUUUUACUGGGUCGACGCGUGCCGGAAGACAAGUUGCGGUCAACGCGGCACUGGGGCCGAUCAAAACCACCCUUGAGCUCGGUGGAAAGGGCGCCAACAUUUUCUUUGCCGACGUGGGCGACGAAUGGAUGGAAGAAGUUGUCGUCAAUGGAGUGGAGAGUGUCUUUUACAAUUCUGGACAAACCUGCAAUGCGCCCACCCGCAUGCUUGUUCAGCAGCCUUUUUACAACAUGGCGGUAGAGCUGGCAACAAACAUUGCCAAAACCAAUAGCCCCGUCGACUCGGCCCACGAGGACGGAGACGAGCACAUUGGACCGGUGGUGAGUCGGAACCAAUUCGAACGAAUCCAGGAGUACAUCCAGAUCGGGAUCGACGAAGGUGCGAGGCUGGUUGCCGGCGGGCUCGGACGUCCCGAACACCUCGCUAACCACCCGAGCAAAAAGAAUGGGUACUACGUUCGCCCCACGGUCUUUGCAGACUGCAAACCUUCAAUGACCAUAAUGCAAGAAGAGAUCUUUGGUCCCGUCUUGUGCAUAGUACCUUUUACCACGGAAGACGAAGCGCUGCAACUGGCCAACGACACACCCUACGGACUGACCAACUACGUUCAUUCUCGUAAUUUCAAUCGCCGCCGCCGCAUGGGACGCCUCCUUCGCUCGGGUAUGGUCGAAAUGAACGAUGCCGCUGGGGACCACGGAAGUCCAUUCGGCGGAGUCAAGGGAAGCGGGUAUGGUCGAGAGGGCGGAAUAUUUGGCUUCGAAGAAUUCUGCAUCAUCAAGGCAUUGACGGGCUUCAUCCCCGGAGAAGACGAUUUGUUCUUCGACCAGGAGUUGGAAACAUCGGCUGGGACCGAGGAAGCUGAGUUAUAGACUACUUUGAAAGCUUCUACUGUACUUCACCCAUCCAAAGAAUUUUUCUAUCAAUUCAUCACAAAUGUGACAAUAUCAUGAUUUUGCAGGAUACCACUUGUAUCGAUGACCAUAUCGAACAAACCAUGGAGUCCAAC